AUGCCAUAGGCUCUUAUAAACAAUGAUGUAUAUUUCACCCAUUUUAGUGACACAUCCAAUGUCUAUAAAGACUCUACACUCAAACCUUAUUCCAAAGUUGAGAUACCAAAAAACUUUCUUAUUGAAAUUUUUCCAACUAAAAAUUACUACUUUCAAACAUAUAAAUUUAAACUUCUAGAUUUAAGUGAAUCUUAAUAAUAAAACAAAUCAUAUUAAUAUGGAACAACAUAAAAUCUUGAAGAAUUUACAGGAACUAUGCCUUUAGAGGACAUCUUUCAAAUUCCACAAUAACCUCCUAAAUUAUCUACAACACAAUCAUUUACAACAACAUAAGUAUUAAACACAUAAGACCCUUGUUAAUCUACAUUAAUUAUUGAAGAAGGUGAUUAAUCUGAAAUUUUUACACUUAAUGAACUAAUUGUUUAGUAUUCAAAUAUGAGAUUGAUGAAUUAAUCAACAUCUAAUAUAAAAUAAGAAGUAUCUACUUAAACAGAUCAAAUUGAGAAGGAACCUCCUCCUAUAUAGAAAAAAGGAACACUUUUUAGUGAUCUAUUUAAAAUUAAAAAAUAACAGUAAACUACAAUAGAUGUUAUUCCAAAAGUUUAAGCUCCUUAAUAAUAAAUAAUUGAUUAAACAGUUAUUGAUUCUUAAUUAUUAGGAGCCACAAUAAAUGAUGAUGAACAACAAAAGUUCUUUGAAUAAAAAAAUGAAAUAAAAGGGACUAUAAUUGAUGAAGAAUUAGAAAAGGCUUUUUCAUCUUAAUUCAAUAAUAAUAGUAAUAAUAAUGAAGAAUAAAAAUCUUAAAUUUCUUAAUUCAAAAGAAUGAAUAGUGUUCAAUCAGAAUAAAAUGUUUAUACAACUCCUAAAAUGGAUAUAAAUUCUAAUAUAGAAUUAAAUGAUAUAUUUGGUAGUAUGCCAGAAUUACCUAAUUAAAAUAUUGUUUAGCCUUAAGUAAUUAAGAAAUUUUCAUCAUUAAAAUCCAAUUUAUUUAGUAUUAAAUCAGAUGAAAUAUAAGAGGAAAAGAUUCAAUCUCAAUAGGAUGAUACACCUAAAAAGUUUAAAUAAUAAGAAAAUAAAGGCACAGAAAAUAAAAAGAAAAAAGAUAAGAAAAAGAAAGAGAUUGUGAAGAAGGUUGGAAUGUUAAAAAAAAUAACUGAUGAAAUUAGUAAUAAUUCAAUAUCAGAAUUAGAAGAAGAGAAGAUAUAACCAAAAUAAUAAUAAUAAUUACCUAGACAUUCAAAUUCAAUGGAAUUACCUUAUACAAAAAUAUUAGAAGAAAAAGCAUCUAAUAUUGUACCAAAGAAUAGAAGAGGAUUGAGAAAAAAAAGAUUAGUUAAUAAUGAUAGAUAGUUUCGUACAAUUGCUUUUAGUGGUUUCUAAGAAGAUAAAAUACCUUCAGAAAAAGAUUUGAUGAAAUUAGAUCUUGAAUUAAUAGAGAAUUAAUUUGAGAAAUUUGAUUUAUUAAUAAUAAACACACCUUUUAAAAGGACAUUCAAAUUCUUGGCAGCCCUUAUGCAUGGAGCAGAAAUAGUUACUGCUGAUUGGUUAAAGGAUUCUCUUAUGUAAUAUGAAUAAUAGAAUCAUUAAAAUUAUGUUCCUGAGAGUGAAGAAUUUCAAAAAUAAUUUGGAUUAAGCAUAAAAUAAAUAAUUUAAUGUAGAGAUGAUUACUUUGAAAGUAAUGAUAAUAUUAUUCAAAUUUUUGAAGGGAAAUAUUAUGUUAAUGAAGAUGUAAUACCUUCAAGAGCAGAAAUAGAAUAUUUGAUCAAAUUAGGUGGAGGACAUGUUGUUAAAAAAGCAACAAAAAAUGUUUAUAUAAUAAGUGAGAGUAAGAAGCCUAACACUUAUGCUUCAGAUUUCAUUUUAGAUGCAUGUAUGUUUUAAUAGUGAA